AUGCACUACUUCAAGGCACUCUCCUACGCUUUGGCCCUUGCAUCUGCUGUUCUGGCAGCACCCAGCGACGCAUCUGACACAAACCCUUACAUCGGCAAGACCCCCUUUGCUAACAAGGGAUAUGCGCUGAAACUCGAGGAGACCAUUGCCUAUUUCAAUGAACAGGGUGAUUCCUUGAACGCUGCUAGGACACGCACAGUGCAGAAAAUCCCCACCUUCGCUUGGAUUUCGGAAAUCAAGAACAUACGUCGUAUUGCGGAUAUUCCAGGUCUUAUUAGUGACACCCUCGAGGCUCAAACAGCGACAGGCGAGAAGCAACUCCUUCAAAUAGCCGUCUACAAUUUGCCCGAUCGCGAUUGCUCUGCAAAAGCCUCUGCUGGAGAGCUCGUCCUGGCAGAUGAUGGGCUGAACAAGUACAAGAAGUAUAUCGAUGAUAUUGCCACAGAAUUGCAAACCGAGUCAGCGCAGCAACUCAGCUUUGCUCUCGUCAUUGAGCCCGACUCGCUCGGCAACAUCAUCACCAACCUGGAUGUCCCCAAGUGUGCUGGAGCUGCUGACGCAUAUAAGGAGGGCAUCGCAUAUGCUAUCGCCAAACUGCAGAUCCCAAAUGUUGCGCUCUACAUCGACGCCGCUCACGGUGGUUGGUUGGGGUGGGAUGACAACCUCGGCCCUGCUGCUGCCCUAUUCGUCGAGGUUCUUGAAGGCGCGAAGAAACUCGUCCCCACCGCCACUGUCCGUGGCCUCGCGAUUAACGUCUCCAACUACAACCAGUACAUAGCUGUGGCACGCGAAAACUACACCGAGUUCAGCAACAGCUGGGACGAGUGGCACUACAUGAACUCGCUCGUGCCACACCUAGAAGAGAACGGCUACCCUGCGCACUUCAUCGUCGACCAAGGCCAUUCAGGCAGAGGCGCCAUCCGCACGUCGUGGUCACAGUGGUGCAAUAUUCGUAACGCGGGCUUCGGCACACACCCUACCACUGAUCAAGCCAUUCUCAAUAACACAUACGUCAAUUCGAUCGUUUGGGUCAAGCCUGGAGGCGAGUCGGAUGGCACAUCGGACACCAACACAACGUGGUUCGACGAGACCUGCCGGAGCCCCAUUGCCCAUGUCCCAGCUCCUGAGGCAGGUGAUUGGUUCAACAACUUUGUCGUCAACUUGGUGACGAAUGCAGAGCCUCCUCUGGAACCCACCUACCUCUAA